AUGCCUGGUGCCAUUGUUCCCCAUUGACUUGGGUCUCAUCUUGCAACCCCCCCCCACAGGUCAUGAGCAUCCUGAGCAACCCCAGCGGGGUCCCCCCGCAGCCCCAGGCUGACUUCUCCAUCUCGCCCCUCCACGGCAGUUUGGACACCGCCAACUCCAUCUCGGCCAGCUGCAGUCAGAGGAGUGACUCCAUCAAGUCUGUUGACAGCCUCCCCACCUCGCAGUCCUACUGCCCCCCAACCUACACCACCACCGGCUAUAGUGUGGACCCGGUGGCCAGCUACCAGUAUGGACAGUACGGACAAAGUAAGUAUCUGCUACCGGAGGGUUAAGACCCUGCCUGUUGGUGGGGUGAGGUGUGAUUGUUGCAGAAGCUCAUGCAGGAGGGCAACAGGUAACCUCCUCUGCAUCUCUGGAGGUGGGUGGGAAGUUGUGGUUCCUGUGUUGCAGAGGGUUGGACUAGAUGACCCAUGGAGUCCCUUCCAAUUCUACAAUUCUAUGAUUCUAAGCAGGGACCCACACAGAGAACCACAUCAGGAUAAAUUUUACAGAAAACUGUGUAGACAUUUGCUAAAUUAAUGGAUCCCAGUCAAAGUUGGCAUUCUUCUCUCCAUGGACCAACAUAAAUGCAAUGCAUAAAUAAGUACACCAUUAUUAUUAUUAUUAUUAUUAUUAUUAUUAUUAUUAUUAUUUCAAUUGAUAUACAGUGGUACCUCGGGUUAAGAACUUAAUUCGUUCUGGAGGUCCGUUCUUAACCUGAAACUGUUCUUAACCUGAGGUACCACUUUAGCUAAUGGGGCCUCCCGCUGCUGCCGCACGAUUUCUGUUCUCAUCCUGAAGCAAAGUUCUUAACCCAAGGUACUAUUUCUGAGUUAGCGGAGUCUGUAACCUGAAGCGUCUGUAACCCGAGGUACCACUGUGCUGCCCUAUACCCGCAGGUCUCAGGGCAGUUAUAUAUGGGUUGCAUCCAGUGCUAGACCUACUCAGUGUAGACCCCGUUAAGUUGAAUGCAAUGUCUAACUUUGGUUCAUUUAUUUCAGUGGGUCUGCAGUGUGUUAAACCUCUUUAGCUUUUCUCGAUGUUGCCCGGGCCAUUUUGGGACUCCCAAAAGGGGGUCUGGGAGCUCUGGGAGCAAGUGGCAAGGUCCCCGGGGCAAGGGCUUUUGGUCAUCUCCGUGGAGGUGGGAGGGUCAGCUCACCUCUUGGUCUUCCGGGGUCACACACAAUGCCCCCCCCCUCCCGAGAGGCUCUCAGCCAGACAGUUCACCUGCUACCCUUCGAAGCCAGGGAUAAGUUUGUGACCCAUUGAAACCCUUGAAGUGGGGGGGGGGGCUCUCCUCCCUCUCCUCCCCUUUUCGCCCAGGGCUCAUUGCAGAGUGACCUCCCUCCCCCAAGCGGCCGUGACAACCGCCCCCCCCCCCCCUUUGCCCUUGCUCCGUGUAAUGUGUUUCGACUUCUACGGCCAAAUGAGAACCUUCUGUAAACUGCAGAGAGAGGGGCAUGAAUGGCUGUUGACUUCCCCACCCCCCUUGCUCCCUGCUCUUUCCCUCUUGCGGGAAGGUGGGGUGGGGGGGACGGCGCUUGAUCUGCGACCCCGUGACCUUCCUCUCGCUUCUGGAUGCAAAGGCCAGCCACACGUGCUAUUGAUAAAAAUCUUAAACAAAUUCCAAUACCAUGUAUUUCCAAUAAAGAUGCCCCCGGGCCAGGUGUUAGUCACACCCCAUGUGUGUGCGAGGGCAGGGGGGGAGCAGGAGCAAUGUGAAAAAUAAGGAAAUGCAAGGGCAGAGAGGGUGCAGUGGGAGGGGGGUGAAGGAGAAGGGGGAGGAGUGCAUUUCCUCUUAAUACCCCUUUUUUCCCCACCCCCAAAAAACCUUACUGAUAAAUGAUCAAGGCAUCCUUUUUGUCUUUCCCAGAAUUAAGGGGCAAUUAUGAUGCAGAUUGCUGAUUUUCCAUACCCUCCAAUAUUUCUCUGAUGAAAAUAGGGAUUAUUAUUAUUAUUAUUAUUAUUAUUAUUAUUAUACUCUUUAUAUCCCACCCAUCUGACUGGGUUGCCCCAGCCAGUCUGGGCAGCUUCCAGCAUAUAUAAAAACAUAAUAAAACAUUAACAUUUUUAAAAACCACUAUACAGUGGUACCUCGGGUUAAGAACUUAAUUUGUUCCGGAGGUCCGUUCUUAACCUGAAACUGUUCUUUACCUGAAGGACCACUUUAGCUAAUGGGGCCUCCGCUGCUGCUGUGCUGCCGCUGCGCAAUUUCUGUUCUCAUCCUGAAGCAAAGUUCUUAACCCAAGGUACUAUUUCUGGGUUAGCAGAGUCUGUAACCUGAAGCGUCUGUAACCCGAGGUACCACUGUACAGGACUGCCUUCAGGUGUCUUCUAAAGGUUGUAUAGUUAAGUAUCUCCUUGGCUUGGCGGUCGCAUAACUCCAUACCCUCCAACAUUUCUCUGAUGAAAAUAGGGACGUCCUAAGGAAAAGAGGGACAUUCUCGGAUCAAAUCAGGAACCGGGACGGCUUCUGUAAAUUCAGGACUGUCCCUGGCAAACAGGGGCAUUUGGAGGGUCUGAUUUUCUAGAGUGUAUUGGACAGGGGCGUAGACAGUAUGGUGCAGUUCUGAAUUACCAAAUUGGCAGAGUAGGACCCUGCGACAACAGAUCAAAAUAAUAUUGAUUUGAUCUUGUAAGAAAAUUGCAGUGAAGCUUUCAUAGUUCAAUGUUAUCACACUAUAGCGUGUGCAUGAGAUUCUGCGCCCCUCCCCAAGAUUUUGACAGCCAUGGGGCCCUCACAGGGUUUAAUACGGCACUGAUGUGAUGGCCUCCAGCCCUGGCAGGUAUCAAGACCCCUGAGCAGGAAUGAUGAUGUGAGUUGGAACCCAGUAACAUCUGCAGAAGCACAAGUUCCCUGCAUUAAGAGUCGUGAUUCGGGUAGCUAGGGGCAGUGACGGCAAGCAAUGGCCUAGUUCAGAGAUGAGAAAACUGCGACCCUCUAGUUGCUUUAAGACUCUGACUCCCAACAGUCCCAGCUAGCAUUGCCAGUGGUCAGGGAUUAUGGGAGCUGCAGUCGAACAACAUUUGGGAGGCCACAAGUUCCCAAUCCCUUCAUUAAAAGUCAAGAGUUAUGAUGGAGGUAGCUGGGGCUAGUAAUGGCAAAUAAUGGUCUGGUUCAGGGAUGGGGAAGCUAUGGACUUCUGGGUGAGGCUGGGCUCCAGCUACCAUCAGCAUGACCAACACUGAGGGUUGUUGGUGGAAGUUGGCCCAGUGACAUCUUAGAGGGUCACAAGUUGGUUGGUUGAAAGGAGGCAGGCAGAGAUCUGUGUAUCAUCCAGAGACAUAGCGGGUAUCAUCUUCUAAGAGUGGAUUCUUCAUACAGCAAGGGAAAUCUAAGGCUCCACUCACAGGCAGGUCAGUGAUGCAGGAAGGUGGGGAGACCAGACUCAUGCAGAGAUGCAACAGGCACCUCCUCAGUAUGCUGUUUUGGGCUCCCAUGAGCUUCCAGUUUCUACAUUUCGCAUGGCGAUCCCCCUCCCUCAGGGGGGAAAAACAUCUCACGACAUCUGCUGCCUUGCCUUGGCGCAUAGCUUGGACGUUACCAACACAGGCAAAGGUAUUCCCCUACUGACUGUUAAGUUUUUGCUGUUCUGCAACCUCUUGCCUUGGCAGGAGCCUCAAGAGAGGGGGAAUUCUCAGAAGGGAGAGGGCAAGGGGUGUGGAAAUGCUUACCUCCCCCUCCCCUCAGCAGCCCAAACACCUUUCCCCUUUAAUAAACCACUGCUGUUCUGAUUGCUAAGUGAUGCCUAGAUCAGGCUAACCAAAUGCCUGACCACGCUUUGGAAUGCAUUAAUCCCCACGGAGAAUGAAUUUCCCCAGUCGAUCCUGUUUGGCCUCCGUUUUCUACUGGAGUCCCCAAAUCUAAGCUUCCCCUCCCCCUCCCCCCCAAAAACCCCCACAGAAGGAGAACCACCUGUUGAAUAUGUGUGUGUGUGUGUGUGUACACACACACACACACACACACACACAUAUAUAUAUAUACAUACAUAUACAUAUACAUAUACAUAUUAUACAUAUAUAUAUACACACAUUAUAUAUAAAUAUAUAUAUACACACAAACACACACAGCUCACUGGGGCUUAAUUUAGAGGCCCAACAGAGCCCCAGGACCCAAUUUUCUUUGCCAGGUGUAAGUUAAAGGGACCCCUGACCAUUAGGUCCAGUCGUGGCUGACUCUAGGGUUGUGGCGCUCAUCUCGUUUUAUUGGCCGAGGGAGCCGGCAUACAGCUUCCGAGUCAUGUGGCCAGAAUGACUAAGCCGCUUCUGGUGAACCAGAGCAGUGCAUGGAAACGCCGUUUACCUUCCCGCCGGAGCAGUUCCUAUUUAUCUACUUGCACUUUGAUGUGCUUUCGAACUGCUAGGUUGGCAGGAGCUGGGACCGAGCAAUGGGAGCUCACCCCAUCGCGGGGAUUCAAACCGCCGACCUUCUGAUCGGCAAGUCCUAGGCUCUGUGGUUUAACCCACAGUGCCACCCGCGUCCCUGUGUAGUCCCAGGUGUAGAACCUCACAAAUUAGUAGAGUCACAGAACUGUAAAGUUGGGAGGGAGCCCAACCCGCUGCAAUGCAGGAAUCACAGCUCAAGAAUCCCUGAAGGAGAGACCGCUGAUUCAGGCCAAUGCCAAUCUAGUCUGCUAUCCUGUCCUCACAGUGACCAGCCUGAUCCCUGUAGGAAUCCAACACGCAGGGCACAGGCGCAAGGAGAACUCUCCCAUCCUGUGGCUCCCGCAGAACUGGUAUUCAGAAGCAUCUAUGGAUCAGGCCAAAGGGAGUUCCAUCUACCCCCCAACAUCCUGUUUCCCCAGUGGCCAACCAGGUGCCCCGAGGGGAAUUCUGCAAGCAGGACCCCCCAGCACAGAAGCACUGUCUUUCCCCCCACAGCAGUUUCCAACAACUGGUACUGGGAAGCUCUGCCGCCAAUGUUACGGAUCCGUCCAGGCCUCUCGUGGGGAAGCCAAGCUGAGAUCUUGUGGAGACAAGCAGUGAGAAACUCGCCUGCUCCAUCCCGGAUGGUGUCGGCGGAGGUGUGCGAGGGGCAGGGUGGGGGGAGAUGGGGGGGCGGAGAAAGAGGUGAAUGGAGGAGAAUGGAGGAGAGCCAGAACAGAGCAGUCCCAGCCAUUCCCAGAGGCCGAGGCUGCGCUAAUGAAACCGCUGAUGGAACGCAGAAGCGUGAAAGGAUUCCUAAUGGAUGUGACAAGUCUAAUAAGAAUUUUCGCCUGGAAGGGACCCCCCUUUGGGGCAAGAUGCUGACAGGAUGCUGAUGGCUGAAAUUUGUUUACCCGUUGGCACCAAUGGUGCCUUCCUUGCCAGCCUUGUAUUAAUCUAAUUUGUGACAUUAGAAUGAGGGGGGUGGGCACAGAGUUUGACUGAAGCACUGCUAAUCAGGAGUGUCAGUUACUUACAUAUAUAUAUAUAUAUAUAUAUAUAUAUAUAUAUAUAUAUACUUUCACUUGCCAGUCUUCAGAGAAUGGUGGAUUUUGGGUCUUUCAGCCAAGUCAAAAGCACGUCACACAAUUCCGUUUGCAGCCAAGAAAUGUAUUGAGCUUUUAUUUUUAUCCUUCUCCCGCAAACUAAGUCGAGGUCUCAGGACGGGCUCAUGCCGUGGCACCCAAAUUUUCAAGUGCAGGAUGAGGGCACAGGAUUCCGCAUGCUGGACGGAUUCUGGCUUUCUUUCUUUUUUUCAAAAAAAAUUCAACCAAGUUUCUAGGUCUCUAUAUUAAUAGAGUCCAUGUGUUUUGACUUUUGAAAGCAAGAUGACUUAACAAUGGAAAAAACGACACUUUGGGGCAGCCAAGGGGGGCUUAUAAGUGUGUGGAUGGAUGCCAAGUGAAAAAUCAGAAGCCAUGGCUUUUUAAACUUGUUCGUGGGAGGUGGGGUUAUUGGUUUGAGUUUGUUUGUUUUUCAUUAUGUAUUUGUAUUCUCAUUUUGUAUUUUUCUGUCAUGAACCACCAUCGGAUCUCCGGAUGAAGGGCAGUGUACAAAUUUAAAUAAUAAUAAUAAUAAUAAUAAUAGUAAUAAUAGUAAUAAUAGGAUUUCAGAAGUUGUGGGGUAUGGUGUUGAGGCAAGAAUUUCUAUCCCACUUUUCCAAUACAUAGGCAUUUCUCAGGGUGGCUUCUAAUAGCUAAGAACACAAUAUUAUAAUAAAAUACAGUGGUACCUCGGGUUAAGUACUUAAUUUGUUCCGGAGGUCCGUUCUUAACCUGAAACUGUUCUUAACCUGAAGCACCACUUUAGCUAAUGGGGCCUCCUGCUGCUGCCGCACGAUUUCUGUUCACAUCCUGAAACAAAGUUCUUAACCCGAGGUACUAUUUCUGGGUUAGCGGAGUCUGUAACCUGAAGCAUCUGUAACCUGAAGUGUAUGUAACCCGAGGUACCACUGUAAUGCAAAAUGCAUCAGAGAGAGGCAUGGCAGAUGAAUACCAUGUUUUAAAAACUGCAGCUGCCAAGCCCCAUGGUGGGUGAUGAGACAAACAUGGGCUGACUGGCCUCUCCCAUCUUUAUCUAGGGUGUGUCUUUGUAGAACUGUAAACGCUUCUUCUAUAGCAUUAUUCGCACUUUACCUCUUCCUCUGUUGUUUACUCCUCCUCUUCCUUUCCCCAGCCGCAGUUGACUAUCUGACCAAGAACGUGAGCUUGUCCACACAGCGUAGAAUGAAGCUUGGGGAACAUUCGGCUGUGCUGGGUCUCCUACCAGUUGAAACAGGCCAAGCUUACUGA